CAACUUCUUACCGCGACUCUACUACUACUACUACUACUACUACUACUACUACUACUACUACUACUACUACUAUUACUACUACUACUUGCAACACUCAGGGCACGGAGGAGGGAGUGCCGGCGUACCUGCGUUACGAGGGCAGCGUGAGGAACAGACGGCUGGGCAAGAGGGACCUGACGCUGCUCAUUGACGACAUCUGGCGGGAGAAGCGGCGGCAGGGCGACCAGGAGCCCAUGGACCAUUUCGUCGAUACGUACUUCCGGGAGAGGUGUGGUGUCUCUCAUUCCUUCCUUCCCUUUCUUUGUGACGUUUCUUCUUUUGUGGGUAUGUACAGUAUAGGUAUGUGUUUGUUUGUGUACUUGAUUUUAUUACGUUGAAAUGAAAAUGUGUCCUUGUCUUGUUUAUAUAUGUUCGUGUGUGUGUGUGUGUUUGUGUGUGUAUAUGUGUGUGUGUGUGUGUGUGAACAGUACAAGUACUUCCAUGUAUUAUGUGUUUAUCAAUUCCUAAGAUACCUUAUCUUAUGAACCUCGUAUCUCUGUAUCUAUCCUGGCGUGUCAUGCUGGCGUGUGGCCACCGCAGGUACCACCUGGAGGAGGUCCGGGCAGAGUGGUGCUACUCCCUGGCCGAUGCCUGCCAGCGGCUGGCUCAUGACGAGCAGGUGGGCCUGUUCUGGGGCAUCUUGUGCGGCCAGGUGCAGGAGCAGGUGUAUCAUCACCAGGUGGACAGCGUGUUAGCCCUGCAUGCUGCCCUUAGGCUCGCCGAUCCCCUCGACAAGGGACUGGUGUCUCGCGCGGCGCUGGAGGAGGCUCUGCGCACCGUGUUCCCGCUCAAACCCGAGGAGAAAGUGAGGGUACUGCUGGAGAUCGCGGGUCGCGCAGCCUCCGCCAAAGAUCCAAACCUCAUCAAGUACAACAAUCUCUUCCAGCAGGGUGAGUGUGCAGGGACGCGCAUGCCACUGGGGACGGAAGUGGUGCAGCAGGCGCGGGACGAGCAGGACACCUACAUCCAGGAGCUGCUGCAGGAGGUGGGUUACGGCGCCGUAGACGUGACGGUGAAGGAGCUGAGCCGCGCCUUCACCAUCAUCGACCCGAGGAUAGAACAGAGUGACCUGGACGCCUACCUGGAAUGGGUCUUCAACGUGUCCAAGGAAAACCUCAAGAUGUGCCCACCGGUGCCGCUGCCCCUGCUCGCCGCCAGGCUGCAGACAGGACACAUCGUUAGGGUCGGCGCUCGGUCAUGAGAUGUCACGGCCACGGAGGAAGCAACAAAGACGUCGUUAAAGGAGAGAAAAAUAAUCUCAUAUCAUGUGUUAUUUUUACGAACGUAUGAUCAUUCUAUUUAAAUUUCAUGAUUUUUUUUUCAUACCAUGUUGGUCCUCCCUCCCUUCUUUUUUUCAGCUUUGAUUCAGGGACACCAACUUAGAUUUAUCUGUUUCUUUUUCCAAGAAAAUAUUUUCAGCUCGUUAAUUCCAACAUGCAUGCAUGUCAGAUAUCCAAAAUAUAUAAAGUAUAUAAACUCUUAUAAACCCUAUCAUCUUUUCCUCACCGAAGUGCAAGUAUCAGAAGCAAGUGACAGUAACCUCUUCUCCGUUCUUUUCUGCUUUCUCCAUCAUCACUUUCACUCCAAAGCUGGAUGUUGCGUCUACGUGCGCAACGACAUAAUUUGCUCUCGUGCCCACCCUCUACAUUACAAAAUGAGCAAGAGUCAUCUCAGGCUGAGGUGACUGUGCAAAGAGUGAAGGGUGUCCUGGCAGUGGAGGUGGCAACUCUUCCUUACUGGAACCUCUGACUCUGUUGGGUAUGCAAGUUAGUUUUAUGAGGUGCAUACCAAACUUAUAUGCCCAUGUCAGCUCUUUAAGUGAUACUAAUGAUGGGAGAACAUAGUAUAUCGGCAGUGACAGAGUGUUCAGUGUCGAGAGUGAGUGGAAGGUGAGGUCAAGUUGAGUAAAGAGAAGGGAACACGAACACGGAGCUUCAGCAGGUUGUAUUUAACGUGUGCGUCAGGCCAUUACUUGCUGAAGGUGAGUUUUAGUAGCCCUAGAAGAUGUUAAUUGGUAAUCCGGCGGUAAGAGGCUUGCGGGCGGGGGCUCAUGGGGUGAAGAAGGUUGAAGAAGAGAGGAAGGAAGAAAUAGAACAAGAAAAGCUCGUCAGAAAAUAGAACACGC